AUGGGAGCUUGCUGCUCUGCAAAUUCAUCUGGUAAAAUCAUUCUUAUCUAUAAAUCCCGAGAAAAAGAACUCAAUAAAAGACCGAAAUCGCUUCAAGAGUUAAAAGACUUAGCCAAGAAGAAGUUUAAAGAAUUAAAAUCAGAGAAAAUUGCUUUGCAUAUCAAUGGAAACUUUUUAAGAAGCGAUAAAGACGUUCUUUCCCUAUAUUCUAAAAGUCACACAGUUUCCAGGAUAGAAAUAGCAAUCUUUAACCCCGAUAUGGAGUCCAAUUCAGUGGACAGUUGCUUUAUCUUGACUUCGGGUGAUUUUUCAUGCAUGGCGUUUAGAACAAACCUGAAUCUGGUCAUGACUUCUAGCAAAGUCAUCACAUCUCCAGAAAAGGCUUUAAAUGCGCAAGCUGAGGUAGAGUUGGACCCCAAAAAAUUCUUCUAUAGAAGCCCAGCUCUCUGCUUUGCCCUUGUAGCAGUUAAAAAUGAAAUGCAAAGAGAAAGCUUGCAACUUGCAAGCAAGGAAAUCAGGAUUGACGAUGUUGUUUACAUCAAUAAUUCCAUGGUGAAGGUCACAAACGUUGACCCAUAUAAGCUCUCGUAUGAGUUUGAUGCUUUGCCUGGCCUCCCAAUCAUUAAAGAUGGCAGAGUUGUGGGAAUGCAUCUUACCAGAAAUACAGGUGUAAAAACCCAGGCAAUCAUUUCUGAAUUGCAGAGCGUUUCAGAGCAUCAUAUGUUUUCUGAAAAAAUAAAUUUAUUAUUAGCGCAAGUUGUGUUUUAUGGCGAUUUACCUUCUCUUACGACCAGAUUUUAUAUUAUUUAUACUUUAAAGUCAGGCGGUCUGACUAGUUUUAACACUGCGACUCAUGAGUUUAAAAAUUUCGAUUUGAGUCUUCCUAAAAAUGCCAAAAUCGCUCAGGCACAGACUGGAGUUUACAUUAUCGGCGGAACUUUAGAUGGGUUUGGAUGUAAAAAUGCGUUUUAUUUUGACACUUAUACAGAAAAAUUGAAUAAGAAGUCUGACAUGAUUUCUAGUAGGCACUCGCAUACAGUGAUAGCCUUAGAUUUGGCUUAGUUAGACUAUAGAAAAGCUCCCUGUUGGAAUUUGAAGAAUCUCAUUCCCUUCCACAACGCUCAACGUAUCUACUUCGCCGACAAUCCUCUCAUGACCUUCAAAGUCUUGUUCCUACCAGUUCUGGGCCUGCACAUACUUCCUGGUAGUCUGAAAGUAUGGGUCACAAUGCCGCACGCUAACGGGUUUGGCUUCUAGAAAAGUCGAAAACAAAUUUUCUGGUCACCUGUCUACCAAGAUGAAAAUUUGUAGCCCAGAACGCAACGCCUUGUAUUUCGCUGGGGAACGACCAGGAGGAACCUCACUGGUAUUACUGGGGCACCCCUUUCCAACUGCGAACUCCAUCUUCUUCCGAGGCAAAGCCUUGGUCUGGAUGCGGUCCGACAACCUGGACAUUGAGCUCCCCAGACCAAGUAAAACCUGGGCAGAUACACAUACCGAACGCCAAAACAUCCUUCCACAAGAUCCCUGGGUCUCCCCAGCUACAGUGUUAGGAGGUGGAUUGGUUCGCCACGCCAUUUUUAUGUAUGCUUACAGUGGUAGCCAAUGAAUCCUUUAUAUAUGCAAUUAGCGGCUAUGGAUCUUUAGGGCUUUCAAGAGAGUGUGAAAUCUAUGAUAUCGAAAACGAAAAAUGAAGCUCAAUCGAACCUUUAGAAACACCUAGAGCAAAUGCAUCAGCAGCAAUAUUCAAAAACGCCGUUUAUGUAGCUGGGGGAGAUUUAAAUUCUGGAGAGUGUUGCAAAUAUAUAGAAAAGUAUACUAGUAGUAGUUGAUCAACAUUAUCAUUAAGAAUUCCUAACUCUACCAUAUAUUGGAGCAAAAAUUACUGUUCCAAUUUAAAGGGUUAAUAUUUUUAAAAAACUAUUCAUAUUUAAAUUUAUUUUAUAGUGAAAUACACUAUGCAGCACGGGCUUUUUGGCUGGAGCUUGAGCCAAAGAAGCCCCGUGCUACAUAGUGUGUUUCACAAUAUAAAAAUUAGUAUUUUCAUCCAUAAAAUUGUUCUAUUGAAACAAUUUUUUUCCAAUUUAAGCGGGGUUAAAGACCAAAAAAAUAUAAACUUUACCGAUGUAAUUCCAAAUUGAAGUUGGGGAGUGAGAGAAUUUCCAAUAUUAAAAUACUCUGUGACAACAGAAACUUGCUUGUUUUAGGCAAAAGUUUAUGGGCUCUGGAUGGCAAGGAGUGAAAAGUUCAAACAAAAGAAGUGGAUCCUUUACCUGGAAUUCACGCCGUCUGUUUGGAUUCUAAAGUAUUUGCAUUUAUUGCUCCUACGAUUGUAUUUAUUAAUCAAAAGAACGAAUGGGAGCCAGUUUCUAUAUAA